AUGGUUCUACCACUAAUUGAAUCGACCAGGCUAUCCCUAAGCCUCUUUCCCUUUCAAGGUCAAGAAGCCGAUAAAGCUGAAAGGCUCCAAAAGGAAAUGAACGCCUGUCUCGGCUCCCUGUGCUUUGGCGACAUCCACGCUCGGCGGCAAGACAUAGCCGCCGCCCAUCCAAAUACAUGUGACUGGCUUUUUACUACGACUGAAUACAAGAAAUGGUGGGACCGUACCGACCUACAAAGUCAUAACGGAGUUCUUUGGAUCAAGGGCAAGCCGGGAGCGGGAAAGUCGACGUUGAUGAAGCACACUUUAGGCCAUCUCGAAAAGACUUCCGUCAACAACUUGGUCAUAGCGUAUUUCUUCAACGCUCGAGGCGGUAUUUUCGAGAAGACUCCUCUCGGCAUGCUUCGAUCGAUUGUCCACCAGCUCGUUGAUAAAGAAGCUAUGCUAUACGAGAAUUUCGCCUCUAUCUUUCGCGAGAGGCAGAGAAUACACACAGGAGAUUGGGAGUGGCGACAGUCAGAACUGAAGGAGUUUAUACUCUCAGAAAUCAGGCAGUGGAAGUCGAAGCCACUCGUGCUUCUCGUUGACGCGCUAGACGAGUGCAACGAGGUAGAUGUGUGGGACGUAGUUGGUUUUCUGGAGUUGCUAAGCAUCUAUGCCGUUAGAUUUGGUGCUCCUCUAAGGAUUUGUCUCUCGAGUCGUCACUAUCCUAGUGUUAGAGUGAAGAGGAGUCUUGAGUUGACGGUGGAGAAGAGUGAAAAUCACCAAGAAGAUAUAGCGAGAUAUAUCAAGGAAAGACUGACGAAAGAGGACGACGACGAUAUAGAGGAUUUGGAAGAUAUCGAGGAUGAGAUCGGGAGAAGAGCAAACGGGAUUUUCAUGUGGGUUGCCAUUGUAGUCUCUCUACUUAACAAGGCCUACUAUGAGGGCCGCAUGGAAGUCAUGCGCAAGACAUUAGAGGAAGUACCGAACGAUCUCGAGGAGGUGUUCGACAACCUCUUGAGAAAAGAUGGUGGAAACAAGGCCGAGACAAUACUCAUGCUUCAAUGGGUGCUGCUCUGUCAGCGGCUGCUGAAGCCUGAAGAGCUCUUCAUCGCUGUGAUGACCGGAAUACCUCCGAAGAGGAUAGACAGAUGGAACCGAUCCAAGUUCAGCAGAGACAUUAUCCAGCGACGCAUCACUUCAUCAUCAAAGGGCCUGAUCGAAGUUCGAAAAUUGCGGGGGGCAUCGGUGCAGUUCAUUCAUCUGUCGGUCAACGACUCUCUUCUUCGAAACCAGAUGCUGCAGAAACUAGACCAGACGCUGGGACCGGAAUCUAUCAGUGCCAGCCAUGGCCGAUUGUGGGCGUGCUGCUGGUCAUAUAUUGAGCGAGUGGACACUACAGUCCUAUAUAUCCUGGCCGAUGACGCUAACGUCAAUGCGCAAGGCGGGUACUACGGCACCGCGCUCCAAGCAGCAAUGUAUGGAAGCAAGAAAGAGUUGGUCGAGCUGCUGCUGACCCAGGGCGCCGACGUCAACGCGAAAGGCGGGAACUACGGCACUCAACUCCAAGCAGCAGCGUAUGGAGGCAAGAAGGAGUUGGUCGAGCUGCUGCUUGGCCAGGGCGCCGGCGUCAACGCGCAAGGGGGUCACUACGGUGCCGCGCUCCAAGCAGCAGCAGCAGCGUAUAGAGUCAAUAAGGAGUUGGUCGAGCUUCUGCUGGCCCAGGGCGCCGACAUCAACGCGCAAGGCGGGUAUCACGGCACCGCGCUCCAAGAAGCAACGUAUAGAAUCAAUACGAAGGGGGUCGAGCUGCUGCUAGCCCAGGGCGCUAAAUGAAAAUGCUGGCUGAUGUUCGUUAAUGGUGUAUAGAGAUUUUUCUUGAUA